AUGGCUCCUCUCGAGGCCUCCACCGUGGAUAAAGGAUUCAUUUUGGCUCCGCCACCUCUGGCAAAUCCUUUCACGUCGGAUGGCUCUUAUCAGCGGAUUCUCGAAUGGUACCUGCCGCCAUAUGUCCUUCAAAAGGUCAUUCCCCGCCUCAGCAAGUUUGCAGGCGAGUCAGUCUCACAAGAGAUCAACGACUUGAUAUCCAACGCCGAGUCUGAACAGCCGCACGUCAAGACUCACAAUGUCUGGGGUGCGCGCUACCCUUAUGAUCGCCUGGUGACGAGCCACGGGUGGAAAGAACUAGGCAAAUGGGGAUCAAAGAAUGGUGUGAUAGCGCUUGGUUACGAGGAGGAAUUUCAACAAUAUCGGAGACUCGUCCAGCAUGCCUUCAACUACACCUUCUCGGCCUCCUCAGCCGUAUAUUCGUGCCCGGUUUCAAUGACCAGUGGAGCUGCGCGGCUGGUGGCCAAACAACUAGACUCGGUGCCGGCGGAUCAUCCGUUUCAUGAGAUAUAUCGUCUCUUGACUGCCCGCGAGGGCAACUGGAUCUCGUCGCAGUGGAUGACCGAACGGCCAGGCGGCAGUGAUGUACAGAACUCGGAGACCGUGGCCGUGUACUCUCCCCUUCCGAAAAAGACAGGCCGAUUCGGAUCGAUCGAAGAGGGCGACUACCUCGUGUCCGGAUUCAAGUUCUUCUCGUCGGCGACGGACUGCAAUAUUGCCCUGAUGCUGGCGAAGACAGAAUCCGGCCAGCUCAGUCUCUUCGUCGCACCGACCAGGAAGACCAUCAACGUUCAGGGCCGGAGGCAGGAAGUCACCAACGGCAUUCGCAUCCAUCGUCUCAAGAACAAAAUGGGCACCAAGGAACUCCCGACCGCCGAGCUGGUCCUGGACAAGGUCAGAGCACAUUUGAUCGGCCCCCUUGACCGCGGAAUCGCCACGAUCGCACUGCUUUUGAAUGUCACACGAACGCACAAUUUCAUCACCGCCCUGUCAUGCUGGCGACGGGGCAUGGCCAUCGCCAAGUCAUUUGCCACGGUCCGGACCACCAUCAACCAGCCCCUGGCGACGUUCCCCAUGCACCUCCGGCUCCUGGCGACCAUGGAGGUCAAGCACCGAGGCGCCCUCCAGCUCGCCUUCUUCACCACGAGUCUGCUGAGCUUCGUGGACAAUGGCUUCCCCCCGGAGCAUGUCCAACGACACGGAUACGUGCCUCUCCCAUCUCCGGGCGAGCAGGCAGAAGUCAUCUUGAGAACGCUGACGGCCACCGUCAAGGCUGUCGUCUGCAAGACUGCAACGCUUGCAUUGCAGGAAUGUCAAGAGGCCAUGGGCGGAGUCGGCUAUCUGGACGAACCCGAAGAGCCCGAGUUCAACAUCUCGCGCCUGAUGCGCGACACGGCCGCCAACAUGACGUGGGAAGGCACCACGAACGUGCUGAGCAGUGAGGUCGUCAGACAUCUGUUGAACAAGGACGCCCGAUAUCUGUCACGGUUCGGCGACUGGGUCAAGCAAGCAAACGCACACGUCCGCGACGCCGAGCUGAAGAAGACACUGGAUCGAGCUUGGACGGAGUUUUCCGGGACUCUAGAAAGCAAGCGCGCAGACAUGGUGUCAGCGUUGGCCAUGGGACGGCAGUUGAUGUUCACUCUCGCGUGGAUCGUGGCAGGUGUCCUGCUCGCCCUCGACGCCGAAAGAGACGGCGAUGCCAUCGCCAUGGAAAUUGCUCGACGUUGGGUUCUGGAGGGUGAAGGCAAUGUUGGCGAGUUUCAUCUUCCGCGUGCCGUCCGAGUGUCAGAUAGAGCGCUCGGAAUCGGCGACAGAGACAGGAUCAACUGGGACUGUAGAUUAGUCUGGGGUUGUGAUCUGCCUGCGGACGCGGCAAAAGGGUAUCGGGUGAACACCGAAGGAGCCCGGCCAAAGCUGUAG